AUGGGCUCGAUGUUGAAUAGACAACAUAUUAAUGAAAAUUUAGAAUUAAACAAUUUAAUUAACGCAACAAGAUCAAAAUCAGUCAUUGAAAAUCAAGAUGAUUUUGAAGAAUGUAUUCUUGUCUGGCUUGAUCCAACUCUUAAAUAUACAGAUGAUUGGACUAAAGAAUUUGAUCGUGCUCGAGAAAUAAUAAAUAAUUUAAAAACAUUUGAUAAUCUUAAUGAUUGUAUUAAUUUUAUGAAAAUGGUUGUUAAUGAUAAAAUUUUUCUUAUUGUUUCACAUCAAUAUGUUCAUUUCAUUUGUUCCAUUAAAUCUGAACUUCGUUCUCUAUCAUCUAUCUAUGUUUAUUAUGAUUUGAGUCUUAAUUCAAUAAAACGAAUACAAUUAGAAACUUGGGCUAAACAUAAUGAACCAUUAAUAACAGGUGUUUAUUCAAGUUCAACAGAUUGUUUUGCACAAUUAACAAAAGAUGUUAAUGAUAUAUGUGAUUAUAAUUCAAUUCCUGCAACAUAUUUAAAUCUACAAACAAAAAAUUUAAAUUUAAAACAAGCAAGUUCAUUUCUUAUAUUUCAUUUAUUUUUGCAAAAUCUUCUUUCUCAUUUAUCAUCAUCUAAAAAUAUUCAAGACAGACAACGAAUAUUUCGUUCAUGUCUUUAUUAUUAUCGUAAUAAUAAUAAACGUAUAGAUGAAAUUCAUCAUUUUGAACAACAUUAUAAUUCUCAAUCGGCUAUUGAUUGGUAUUUAAGAACAAAAUUUCUUUCACGUCUUUUACAUAAAUCUAGUCGAACACUAAAUUUUGCACUUUUAUUUGAUUAUAGUUUUAUUUUUAAUGAUAUACAAUAUUUAAUAAAUGAAAAUACAUCAAUAUCUUUAGAUACACAACAAACAGACAUAUAUUAUCGUGCACAAAAUAUAAAUACUGAUGAUUUAUAUCGUUUACGUAUGAAUUUAAAUAGUAUUAUAUCAAUAAAUCGUUAUCUUGAUCUUUGUAAAAAUGCUGAAGAAGCUGUUAAUGAAGUUUUAUUAACAUCUAAUACACUUGAAACUGUUUUAUAUCAUUUUUCAAUAAAUCAUUCAUAUAAAUCAAUAUCAAAUAAAAAAGUUCUUUUAUCAAUUGGUUCAUUAUUUCGUAUACAUCAUAUUGGAAUGGAAAUCGAUGGUAUAUGGCAUGUACAUUUAAAUCAAUUGACAAAAGAUGAUAUUAAUGAAAAAAUAGAUAUAUUAAUGAAUGAAAUUGAUUUUAUUCCACAUCCAUAUUUAUCUAUUGGUCUUAUUUGGGAUAAAAUAAAACAAUCAACUAAAGCUGAUAGAUUUUAUCGUUUACUUAUUACAAAUUUACCAAAUUCUAAUGAUGAAACAGCACUUAUAUGUAAUUAUGUUGGAGCUAUAUUUCGUUCAAAAUGUCAAUAUACAUUAGCAUUAAAUUAUCAUCAAAAAGCAUUAACAUUUUAUCAAGAAAAAAAUCGAAUAAAUUCUUCAUUUAAUGAUGAUAUUGAUCGUACAUAUGCACAAAUAGCACUUGUUUAUAGAGAUAUGGGAGAUAUAUUAACUGCUAUUCAAUAUUUUAAAUUAGCUAUUAAACAAGGUGAAGAAGUUUUUAAUGAUCUUGGAGAAAUUUAUCGAAAUUUGGGACAAUUUAAUAUUGCACAAAAAUAUUAUGAACAAGCUAAAAUAGAAAAUAAUAUAGGACUUUGUUAUAUAUAUCAACGAAUGUUUUCACAAGCAUUAUCUCAUUUAAAAAAAGAAACUGAAUCAAUGUCAUAUAUAAAUUUAGGUGUUUAUCAUCAAUUACAAAAAGAAUAUAGUACAGCAUUAAUUUUUUUUGAAAAAGCAUUAGAAGCUGUUAAAAAUCAUCCAUUAGAUACAGCUAUGAUACAUUCUUAUCUUGGUCUUUUACAUUGUGAUCGACGACAAUGGUUAUUAUCAUUAAGACAUUAUGAACAAGCACUUGAUUUAUAUAAACGUCAUUUAUCAACAGGUAACCAUCCAACAAUUGCACUUAUUCAUGAUGGUCUUGGAACAUUAUAUUUAAAUAAAGGUGAAUAUAGAGCAGCACAACGUGAAUUUGAACGUUGUUUAGAAUUACAAUUAUGUUUAUUACCAUCAAAACAUCCCGAUAUAGCUGGAACAUAUAAUAAUUUAGGUGGUGUUUUUAAUGAAAUGGGUCAUUAUGAAGAAGCAUUAUUAUAUCAUUAUGAAGCUCUUGCUAUAGCUACAGCAACAUUACCAGUUGAUCAUUUUGAUAUAAAAUUAUAUGAACAUAAUAUAACUGAAACAAAACGAAAACUUUCAUAUAAUUAA